AUGCCAUCGAACAGACCUUCAGAUGAAUCCCCCCCUCAAAUAAUAGAUAUACCUGCUGAACUUGAGCAGCCGGCUGGUGAUGCUAAUGCCUACGUAGAAACACUCAAAAAAUGCUGGGCGACGGGAUCACGACUUGAAUUUCUCACAUCGCAUAUCGCGAAGUAUGUGAGCAGCCUCGCAGAAGGUCGAUCCCGCACAAAUGAUUACCUGGAUAUCAUUGUGAAUACCUAUUUCACGUGGUUUCAUUGGAAACUCAAGGUCUCUGAGGAACCGCUGGUCAACGAGUCUCCUGUGUCUCAUUUUUCCAAAAUGCUCACCCCAUUGGAGUCUCUUCAAAAGCAGCACAAGAUUGCAUCCAUGCGCAAGACUAUACGCAACUGGCUUGAUAACCGUUCUAAAAGACUAUGCAAGCUCGGCACCAAAACAAAACCCGAGAACGAUCCAUGGACGUGUCUUCUUUCCCAGUUGUCUGGUGUUGCACCAAACAAGCCCAGAACGCUGCAAGCUCACCAGCGGUGGUCCAAGGAUUUCUACGAAAGUGCUGUGAAAAAGAUAUUCAAGGUACAGUGGGGACUUUCAUCUUGUCCUCCGAAAGAGAAAGCCUCGUUCCAUGACCAUGUUACACGGACUAUUUUUGAGGAGCAAGACCCUUUGAUUAUCAAACAAUAUGAAGAACUCGCUAAAACAGAAGGUAAAGAGGCGACCAAGGAAUGGAAGGCCAUGUUAGAAAAUCCUCCUCCUACUGACCCAGUUUCUCGCCAAGCUGCACUAGAUAGACUUGCGUCAUUUGCAGGACCCAUGCUGAGUGGAAUUUCACUUGUGCUGGGCAUGCACGUCACCCUGAUGGUUGGCGGACCCGAACUGCGCAAGCAAGGCAAGAUUAGCAUAAUCAGCAUGCACGAGGGCGUUGACCUUCGCCCACAGCCUCAGAAUUGGCAAAUGGCUGACAGGAAAAAUUUCAAGACUGUCACCAAGCUGUUUCAGGAAUAUCUCAAUACCUGCUACACUCAAGAGAGUCGCUCUGAUUGGAAGCUUCCAGAUGUCCCCGCCGAUGAUAUGGCAGAUCCCAGCGAAGCGACAUUGACUAUGCAGAAGGCCACAGCCAAGGAGAAAGGAAAGGCAGUCAAACAGCCUGCCAAGAGAAAACACCACAAACAAUUGGCAGCUGAUGACGACGACAUUGAAAUAACUACUGAUACAGACUCUCCAGAUGGAUCGGAUCGAGACAAUGACGAUGACGAUCAAUCUACAGCCAACAGGACAUGGGAGUAUCGCCGUUCUCACCUCCCCUACUUGGCACCCCGCCUCACCUACAUCAACCGUCAAACUGGCGACCCUAUCACAAACAAGAAGGCCCCUUCUGAUUAUAGUUUUAGGCCUUAUGUUUCUUCCAACACUCUCGUUCCGGCUGGGGACGAAUCCAGUGGUUCUCCAGUGCCCUCAAAUUCUGAACACGUUCCUGAACUAACAAGUUCACAGCCUGCAGACACACCUGCACCCCCUUCUGAAAUAGGAAUUUUGGUUGGGGAGGAACGCAGUAGAUCGGCACUGCCUUCGAAUUCUGCACCCCUUCCUGAAAUAGCAAGUUCACAGCCCGCUCCCACAUGCCCUUCAGAGCCUCUUGACGCUACACAAAUUGUUGAGCCUCCUCUAUCCCCACCUGUAGACAACACCAUCUGUUCACUCGCUCAGGACAGUCAGAAUGAUGAUAUUGUGCUUCCCACCGAUUGCCCUGCCUGGAUUCGGGAAGCGAUCAAAUAUCUCACCGCCCCACAACUUCCCUCUCCAUAUAUCAAUCUACUUACGACUUUUUUAGAGCUUGAGAAGUCUUCUGGAUUCUCAUCUGGGAAGGGCUCUACCUCUCUCAGUAGCAAAGAUCGCCCACCUGCAAUUCACUGGUGGAUUUCCUGUGCGCGUACUGGCCAGCCACUUAUCCCCGAGAACUUCAGUAUGACAUUCUGGAGUUGGUGGUGUGCGAUUCAGCCCGCGUGGCGAAGUAUGUCGCCAUCCGCAUCCUUUGAAGCCCCUCGCCAUAACAAUAAUGAUUGGAGUCCUCUCGACAAACCAGGGAAAAACGGCUUCUGGAGUGUAUUGGCUGCGCUAAAAUGGUGGGGUUGUGCUAACAGUACUGGAUGCAACGACCCCCUUUGGCAUGCAGCCAUAGAUGAUGUAAAAUGGGUGAUGGAACAUAUUAUGGAAUUUCGCUGCCCAGCUGCUUCCAGCUCGGUGAAGAAACGUUUGGCACCAGAACCAAGAAGUCCGCAUUUGUCGAAGCGUAUCAAAUCUAAUAGUCGUAAUAGUCAUAAUCGUCAUUGA